AGCUCAAGGUCAUAUUAGUCGAAAUAUUUUCAGUUGCCUAAGCUUUCUGUAAUCACAUUUUAUCUGUUUUAUUUUCUCAUCCCCGGGACAAGUAAUCCACUGCAGCUCGAUAUGGAAUCGCAGAAAGCUAGAGCCUCUUAUAUCCCAACUGCAACCAUUGAAACCCGUACUAAAUCUUCGUAGUACUUUCUACAGAUGUCUGAAGAUGUUGUUGAAAAUUUAAAGACAACUGUUGUAAAACCUAUAGUUUAUGGAAACGUUUCACGUUAUCUGGGAAAGAAGCGUGAGGAAGAUGGACGAACCCAUCAAUGGACUGCGUUUCUGCGACCGUAUAAUCCUAGCGAAGACCUCUCGACAUUUAUAAGAAAAGUCCAGUUUAAAUUACAUGAAAGUUAUUCAAAUCCCAUACGAAUUGUUAACAAACCACCGUUUGAAUUGACGGAAACUGGUUGGGGAGAGUUUGACAUUACAAUGAAAGUCAUAUUCACCGAUCCUAAUGAAAAGCCCCUGGUAAUAACUCAUCUCAUUAAGUUGUUUCAUUGUGACCAUGAAAUAAUGAUGGGUCAUAAAAGCUUAGUCCGAGAGAUCUACGACGAAAUGGUUUUCGUUGAUCCUUCUCCGUCCUUUUAUCGGGCGUUGAUGAGCAGAUCUCAAAUUCCUCCAAGCGUACCAACAAUUGCACACGAAACUGAUUUUAAAGAAACAAAGCGUCAAGCAUUGUGUUCUAUACAAGAACUAAACAGAAAGGUUACUGAGGCAAUUGAAGUUUAUAAAAAGCAGCUUAUCUCGAGGAAAGGAAUUAUUGAAGAAGUGAAGUCGAUCGUAAACGAAGUAGAUUCUGCGACUGUUGGGACCAUAUUGCAGUAACUAUGUAUAUAUAAAUAUGUGUAUAUUAUUUUUUAUCGACAACUAAAUAAUAUCAUCUCAAGAUGCAAAGUACAUGUUCUACAUUUGAAAGCUUCAUUUCAAAUAAUUUUCAGAUUGUAAACUAACGUCUAGGUAACUUCUAUACAUUUCAGGGAUUCAUAAAGAACUCAGAAAAACAUUGUUGGUCUGAGGAAACAUUUUGAGCCUAUUUACUAGCUUGUUUGUUUAUUGCCAUGGCUUCAUCAUAAGGAUAUUCGAAAAUGCAGUGGGGUUUAGUGAAUAUAUACACUAGCUUUUUGAUUACGCGCCAACUUUAGGACAUGUGCGAAGUGAUGAAUAAACUCAUUAUGUAAUUGAAUCAAAAAAGUAACUGUAGAAGUAUCAACUUUAUAAAAAAACGUAGACAACGGUUUUUAUGUGGCCAAUUAACUAUCUCAGAAAAAGGUGGACAUAUUAUUCAUUCUAAUUUCAGGAGAUUGGAUCGAUGGGCAGA